GACAGACAUGGCUUUUAUCUUAACUGGCAGGUGAUGGACCAUGGCAAAGACGACGAUGGAUGUUCUUGUAUGCAAAGCCACGAUGUAGAUACGGAAGACAUGUUUAGAAGUAUUCACAUGCAUGAUCACUACAAUGAAUAUGCAGAGGGAAUAACUCUUAAUGAAUUCAAACAAUUGGUGGUGGUGGAGACGGCAGAGAUGCUUAAGAAAAGUGCUCAAAGCGAUCAGAAAUGGAAGCUAGAAUGCUCUGCGGGGGUGACUGUAUGCCUAGAUUCGCGAGAUCCAAGAAAACGUGCAACAGACUCUUGCUGGAAGGCUGGCCCCUCGCUUCGUACCAACCCACGUGCAUUAUGACCGCCUUGCAGAGAUUGUCUACCUGCUGCCGUGACAUGUUGAAAUAGCUAAAUUAUGUCGAUGGGUUAUCUCUGUAUAUAAUAAAAUGGAGUACCAUUUCAA